UUUACUUUCUCCUGCAGCACAGCCUGGAGCCUGACUUCUGCACUUGGUUGUAGAAAUCAAAACACCCGACCGUCCAUGGUGAAGGAUUGUCAAAGGAAGAGGAGGACACGCCCCGCCCAGGUUCCUGCAAUAUAGGAUCCGCUCAGUGGAUAUCUUCUAUAUAAGAUCCUUUUCCUGAUAGACCCAUCAAGGAUGGAUAGGGACAAGGACAAGAUGGCAGAGAGGAUAAUAAAUCUCACCCUAGAGAUCCUCUUCCGGCUUACUGGAGAGGACUACACAGUAGUGAAGAAGACCUCUAGUGAGCGUUGUCAGGCCCCUGUGUCUGAAGGAAUGGGAAGAACCCUGAGCCUUAUCACUGGGCCCCCACCUCACCUCCUGAUACAUGAGGAAAUCAAUACAAAGAAGAUCCUAGAACUCGCCAACAAGAUGAUUGAGCUGCUGACUGGAGAGGUUCCUAUAAGGUGUCAGGAUGUCACCGUCUAUUUCUCCAUGGAGGAGUGGGAGUAUUUAGAAGAACACAAAGAUCUUUACAAGGACAUCAUAAAGGAAGAUCACUGGCCUCUCACAUCACCAGUAAAGAAGAGAGGAACACCGGAGAGAUCCAAUAGUGAAGCCCUCCUGGGCCAGGGAACCAUUGGAAAAGCAGUUUAG